GCUCCUAUUGGACAAACACGCGGAAGUGAAGCGAACACUCGGCUAACAACAACCAGGGAGCCAGUUCUACACUGUCAUUGAUUUGUUUCUGUCUCCUGGAGGUGUUUUUGAAACAGACAUGGCUCUACCGCCUCAGCUCAAAGCCAUCCAGCACCACCUGCGGACCGCACAGGAACAUGAGAAACGGGACCCGGUCGUCGCGUAUUACUGUCGGCUGUACGCCAUGCAGACCGGCAUGAAGCUGGACAGUAAAACUCCAGAGUGCCGGAAGUUCCUGGUGAAACUCAUGGACCAGCUGGAGACGAUGAAGAAGGAGCUGGCGGACAACGAAUCCAUCAGUCAGGAGGUGGUCGGCAACGCCCACAUCGAAAACUACGCCUUAAAGAUGUUCCUCUACGCCGACACCGAGGACCGGGCGGCCCGCUUCCACAAGAACAUGAUAAAGUCUUUCUACUCCGCCAGUCUGCUGCUGGAUGUUUUGUCUGUGUUCGGGGAGUUGUCAGAGGAGAACAUCCAGCACAGGAAGUAUGCCCGCUGGAAGGCCACCUACAUCCACAACUGUCUGAAGAACGGAGAGACGCCCCAGGCCGGGCCCAUCGGCAUGGACGAGGACGGGGAAGCAGACGAGUACGGAGGGGAAAGUUCCUUGGGGCACGGUUUCUCCCACACAGGCUCCUUCAGGGGCGGGCCUUCCUCUGGGUCCUUCGAGGACCAGGACCCAAGUUUGGGUCCGGGUCCAGCCCCGGGGAUCGGCUUCACUCCGGGGCCAGGAUUGGACCCAACAGGCCGGCCUACCACAAACUUCAACAACAUCCACAUUCCACCAGGAGCCCACGCGCCGGCCAACACUCCCGCCGAGCUGCCUCCACCCACAGCAGAAGCCGUGAAACCAGUGCCUCUUCCCAGAUCCGUUCCCACUGUGGACCCCGCACUGAUCCACGGCCAGCAGCAGGGCGGAGUCCAUCUAACCCCUGAGGACUUCACAAAGGCGCAAAAGUUGUGCAAGUACGCCGGCAGCGCCCUGCAGUACGAGGACGUUGGCACGGCCGUGGAGAACCUCCAGAAAGCCCUGAGGCUCCUCACCACCGGCAAAGAAUGAAGCCUUUGUCCUCUCAUCUGAUCCCUCCCUCCCUCCCUCCCUCCCUCCCUCCCUUCCUCCCUCCUUCCUUCCAUCUCGCUCUUUUCUCCACAGCAGCGCCGCUCUGUCACUGAUCUUGCCCACGGCGAGCUGAAGACGCAGGCACACAUACACAC